CUAAGGAGAUAAUAUAUUUUGCACAUGAACAAAUUGCACACAAAGACGACAAGUUUUCCGAAGAAUGUUUACGUUUUAGCCCUGCUUGGUGUACCGAAAUUUAAAAAGAGUCGCUAUUUUUUAAUCCCUAAACAAUAUCUAAGGAUGGACGACGAAGUGCAGUGGGCUACCGGCGUGAUUGACAAGAAGGUGGAGCUGGAGAACAAAAGUGAGAGGCUCAAAGCUCAAACAAGGAAAAUGGAUACACCAGGGCUGGAGGAAGAGAAGUUCAUCAAAUCACUCAACGGACGUGUUAUGGAUGUUAAGGCGAUGGAUCACGUGUGGAAAAGGUCGUCUGACCUGCACCAAGAAAUCGUGGACCUGGGAGGUGCAGAGAACCUCGCCGAGCUGCACAAGAAGAAAAAGAGCAGAAAGGAUGAAGCAGCGCCCUCUUCUGGGGCAGUAGUGGAAGUGCCGACAGGACCUGUGGAUCCCUCGGACUUCCUGAGGGCUGCAGUGCAGGGCAAGUUGAAGAUCAUUGAGAGGUUCCUCGAGGACGGUGGGAACCCAAACACCUGUGAUGAGUUCAAGAGGACGGCUUUGCACCGAGCGUCCUUAGAGGGUCACACAGACAUCGUCCACAAGCUCCUGGAUAAAGGAGCCGACAUCAACUUCAAAGAUCGGCUGGACUGCAGGGCGGUGCACUGGGCCUGCCGAGGGGGCAAACUGAGCACGCUGAAAGCCCUGCAGAACAGGGGGGCAGACCUCAAUGUCAAGGACAGGCUCAUGAGUACUCCUUUGCAUGUGGCCACCAGGACUGGCCACUACGAUGUUGUGGAGCAUCUUCUCUCCAGCGGGAUCAAAAUCAAUGCCAAAGACAGGGAAGGGGACACUGCCCUGCACGAUGCUGUCCGACUAAAUCGGUACAAAAUCGUCAAGCUGCUCAUCCUCAGAGGAGCCGACAUGAAAGUCCAGAAUGCUGAGGGUGUGACGGCCACCGAGCAGGUGAAGCAGUGGCAGUUUGACACCAAGGAAACGCUGGAGAGGCUGGAUGGCAUGAAGGACGUGGGGAUGGUGUAGGGACGUCCCCUAAUCCCACUCUCCUCUCGCUGGCACCAAACACCGGCUGCAAGCCUCAUUUCACUGCAUUUGCUCUUGGUUCAUCCAGGGCUGUGAGGCCCUGGAUGGCACCGUUAUUCCUAACAGACAUGCAGUGUGACCGCAGCUCUGGCCCUGGAGGGAAGCGUACUGCGCAUCCAGCUUUAUGUGUAAC